AUGCUAUUGGGUAAUAUGAGCGAGAGUCCGAGCUCGUCGGAACUCGUCGACGACAUCGGAAAACCGCCGGAACCAAUCACUUCCGAUUAUGUCGAAAUGCUCACACUCGUUUUCAUGUUCAUCAUCGGAGCACCGCUCAAUCUAGGAGCAUUUACACAGCUUCAUGAGCGUCCCAUUUCGACACGAUUAGAUCUUCUGAAACGAUCAUUAAACUAUUCGGACCUUCUCAUUUUAUUCAUUUACGUACCAUCAAGAGCAUGUUGGCUAUUGACGUAUGAUUGGCGAGGAGGAGAUUUGUUGUGCAAAAUUGUCAAAAUGAUGCACAAUCUGGCAUUUCAGUCGUCAUCCAAUGUGAUCGUUUGCAUCGCAGUCGAUAGGUUUUUAUCAGUCGUCUCAACCUCACAUCAUCUUCCGAAUCGAGCGGUCCGUCGAACGAAAAUGAUGUUGAUUGCAGCUUGGGUUAUCGCUUUCAUUAUUAGUUGUCCACAACUUUUUAUAUGGCAAGAUUAUUUGGCAAUUCCCGAAUACAAUUGGAGUCAGUGUUUGCAGAUUUGGGAAAUUGCUCGUCAUACGAAUACGACGGCGAAAAUCGAUUUCGAUGCUGAAACUUGGUACAGUGUGCUUCACAUUUGCUUCGUCUUUUGGAUUCCAGCCGUCGUUAUUUUGCUGAGUUACAUCGUUGUUCUUUCGUGGGUUUGGAUGAAUUCGCGGCCGUCGAUUCGUACGACGUGUUUGAGCGGCGCAAACACGAUAUCAGGAUGCGACACGGUAGAUACAGUGCUCUCGCGUGCUUCUGAAUGGAAUCCUUUGAAGAGUUUCUCGCGGCACGUCAGCGUCAAAGAGCCGCUUGAGAAGGCGAUCGCCACUGCCAAAAUCAUUGUUUCCGACGAGACCGAAGUGCCGUUGAAUCAGCGGCCAUCAUUGUCGCCUUCUGAAGCAUCGGCAGUGAUGCGAAAUGGAGUACACACUAGCUCGUCAUACACUGCAAAUCUCAAUAGAAGUCGUGCCCUUCGUGUUUCCCUUCUAGUCGUCGCUUAUAUCGUCUGCUGGCUGCCAUACAAUUUGAUUAGUUUAAUCCAUAUAGUCGAUUCAAAACUAUUCGAGAAUCAUAUUAAUCAGUUCCAUUUCGCACAUCAAUUCAUAAUUCUAAACUCGGUAGUCAAUCCAUAUCUCUACGGUUUAUUCGGCCCAAAUCGUCCUGCUCGACCGAAUUAUUAA